AUGGAAGAAGAAGCUGGCGAGGAAUACGCAAUGUUCUUAGGAAUGACCGCCAUUGAAGAGGAGCGGGUGGCUAACAAGAGGAGUGCAUCGCGCCGUCUUGGUUCCGUUCGAGGCCAUGUUGUCAUUCAACGCGAUAGAGUUCAAGGUUAUAAUAGACUUUAUCGUGACUAUUUUGCUAAGGAGCCCGUUUAUGGUCCACGACUAUUUCAAAGGAGGUUUCGAAUGCAUCGUCCACUUUUCCUCCGAAUUGCAUCCGCCGUGGAAGAUUUUGAUCCUUACUUUGUCCAAAGAAGGAAUGCUGCAGGUAAUCUUGGUUUAUCAUCCAUUCAAAAAAUAACAGCCGCCAUGCGGAUGCUUGCUUAUGGAGUAUCUAUAGAUUUUGUGGAUGAUUAUGUGCGGAUUGGUGAAAGCAGGACUAUUGAAAGUGUUAAAAAGUUUGUCAAGGCCGUUGUUGCAAUUUUCACCGAUGAGUCUUUGAGGUCACCAAACAACGACGAUAUCAGAAGAUUGCUAGAGAUUGGUGAACAACGCGGAUUUACUGGACUGUUAGGGAGCAUAGACUGUAUACAUUGGAGAUGGAAGAAUUGUCCGGCUGCGUGGCAUGGGAUGUAUGCUAGUCACGUCCAUGAGGCAACAAUUAUUUUGGAAGUCGUUGCUUCAUACAAUCUUUGGAUAUGGCAUGCAUUUUUUGGGUUACCAGGAUCUCAUAAUGAUAUUAACAUCUUAGAAAGGUUAAAUCUCUUUACUAAACUUACUGAAGGUCGUGCUCCUCUAGUUAACUGCUCUAUUAAUUCUCAUGAGUAUACGAUGAGAUAUUACCUUGCUUGA